CGCGUGCAGCGGCGACAACGAGACGAUUGAGUGCGCGUCUUGGUGGUCUCAGUUCGGGUCGGGCGCGCCACAGUUGCAUCGUUGCGCUCUUCGGAUGGUGCACAUGUGGUCUUGCGCCUCUCUGGCGGAGAGGAACUGGGCAGUCCACGAGGGCAUUCACACGAAGAAACGCAACCAGUUGGCCUUCGAGAAGGUCGUGCAACUCGUUGAGAUCACCGCAAAUGUGCGGUUGACUGAGUAUCGGCGGGCUGGAUGCGGUUAUGUGCUGCCAUGGCAGCGGGACGAGGGCAUGUUGGAUUGCCAGGCAGGACUCGAGUUGGAGUCUGUGCGCACGAAAACUCGUAGGGGGAUGACGGACGAGGAGAUUGCCCGUCAGGUUGCACUUAUUACCCGGGAUCCCAUCGGGGCGUCCGCACCACCCUCAGCUGAUGCCGUUUUCGAUAGACGUGCUUGCAUUUUUCGUCCCUACCCCAGGGACGACGACUCAGACGAGGAGCCGAUACCCGAGGCGGCAGAUGACCCUGCGCUCCGCAUUCCCUGGGAGAUCGACGAGACGCACGAGGAUCCCGGCUCCGAGGACACGAGGACACAGACUGCACGACGGGCGGCGGACCGGGCGGAGAGCGAGAUGGUGGGGGGAGACGAGGACUUUUGGGGCCCAUUCGGUGAGGUCGCUUCCACGGGCGGCCCAGAGGCGCAGGCGACGACCCCCACUCCGACGAGGUGGGAUUCGUCCAUGCCGCCACCUCCUGCUCCGAGUCCUGCACCACGAUCGUCCGUCUCGCCACUUCAGCCGGACAGGGAGGAGUUGGGGUCCUCUUUGCCUCAACGAGGCCUUCUCCAUAGAGGCGGGGCAGUCCGCCAGCUUAGGUUACGAUCACCUUCCUCGGGGAUAGGGCAGGAGGAGGGGGGACCUUCGGCAGCAGCAGUGGAGAGUUCGAUGGCACCAGCGGCUGUGUCGGACGCGACGAUCGCGGCCGCGGUGCAGGAGAUAGCAGCAGCAGCAGCAGCAGCAGCAUCAGUGCUAGAGGAGAUGGCAGCAUCAGUGCUGGCGGAGGAUCCACCAGCAGCAGGAGGAGGUGCAGCAGUGGAGGGGCAGGUGGCAACAGCAGGAAGAGCAGGUGGAGGAGCAGCAGUAGUGGAGGUUGAGGUGACGGCAGCACUGGAGGAGGAGGACGCACCGUCGGCAGCUGCAGUGGAGGAGAAGAUAGCCGCACAGGCCGAGGUGCAGCGUGGGGGCGAUGACGAGCGCCUCAUGCAGCAGUUCCUCACGGAGGAGCUCGGUCCGGCCAUAGCGGGUAUGACCCCGGGUGUGGAGAGGGGGUUUGGGAUUUCAGAUUCGGAGAUGGGGACCCACUUAGACUUGGAUUUGUCGGUGGGCCUUCCACCCAGUUGCGGCGGGGCGACAUCGACGGAUCGGGCUCUAUCGAGGGACGAGGCGCCAGGCAGGACUUCGACGCAGAUCGCUAGAGAGAGGACGAAGACUCAGUCUCCAGAUGCAGCACACGACAUCAUGGAGCGAGAGAGGGCUAGACUUUUGGCAUCGGCUGACCUUCGUGCUCAGGCGUUCGCACGGGCGGUAGAGGACGCCAGGCGUCUAGAGAUAGGGGGGGAUUGUGUGCAGGGUGGGAUGGUGGCGGGGGAGGACGUUGCGGAGGGAGUGGCAGCAGAGCCGGUACCCGAGACUAUGCCGGGUGGAGCAGAGACAGCGGACGUUGCUGUGGAGGGACGGGCUCAGGCGGUGGAUGAGGCAAGUGGCGGCCACGAAGUUGGCAAGAGGAUCUACAUCAAAAAGACUAACACGGACUACGUGAUGGCAGAGAAGGACGGGCAGCGAGUUGAUGGAGAGGAUGUUAUCCUUUCGCCGCGGAAACGGGGAGUGAAGAAGUUUUURAUGAAGAGUUCGCUGGAUGAGAUUGACACAGUCGAGCCACUAAGGAGGGCCCUUCGACAGCCCAUGCAAUGCUCUAUUCUGGAGUACCUCGCGGCAUCGAAGCCGGCUCGUGAUGAGCUACAGAUGAUCACGCGCAAGACUCGCAUACCUCUAUCAGAGGAGGGGCAAGGGGCCCCUAAGGCGGAAGCUUCUACAGUAGCAGUAACGGGGGUGACUGCCAAAGCCGAUCGCAUGGCAACAGUCCUUCUCGAUGGAAUGGAGGGUGUGCCCCCAGACAAAUUUUAUAUACUUGGUUGUGGGGCAGUGGAGACAAUUAUAAACGAUGGAGCGAUACUUGAUGCUGUGAUCGAUAACGGCAGUGAGGCAGUUAUCAUAGACGACGACCUGGCAGUGCAGGUUGGGCUGGGCCUCGAYAGGUCGUAUCUAUUCGAGAUAGAGACGGCUGAUGGUAGAAAGCAACAGAUCACAGGGGUUUGUCACGAGGCAGCCAUAGAGGUCCAAGGGACCGUUGCAGAGGCUUGUGCGAGGGUUGUUGUGUUGAGGAAGGGAGGAGGCCCAAUCAUCAUCAAGGAGGAUGAUCCUGAUACGGAUGCGGCUGUGCGGGAUGCGGACGAGGACUACGAGGGCGAGGAGGAGGGAGAGGAGGAUAGCAGCAGCGGUUCCGAUGGUGACGACGACGACGACUACGAUGAGCCCCCACCUUCCCCAGGACCCCCACCGACGCAUGCGAGUGUCAUACUGUCGUUAGCCGCGCAGGCUGAUGCACCGGGCCCCGUGCCGGUUUCGGGUGUCGGGGGACGAUCACAGUUCGACGAGGCGGGGACUCGUGCUUUCGUUGAGGGUCAUAUGUGGGGGAAGGACGCAGGCACAUCAGCCGGGAGAGCCCCAUUGUUCGCUGAGAACAGGGAUAGGGUUGCGAGAGUUUCACGUGCAGCCGCAAGUCCGGCCGUGGCGGGACCAACUGCAACGGGGCAUCCACCCGCUGCUUAUCCGUGGUUACCACCCCCUCCUUCGCAAACACGAGCUCCUGCAUCUGACUUCCCUUCGGCACCUGUUGGAGACGCCGCUGCAGCGGUCCCUGAGGGGAUGGGCACAGUCCCGCCCGACGGCCCCGUUCAGGUUUCGGACUCGUCAUCCACGCUUGCACAAGUGAACGCCCCGACCUCGCAGUACGGUGUUUUCGGAAAAUUGGAUCCUUUACAAAAUUUGCGCAAUAUUGCAGCCCCGAGUCCGCCCCCUGCAGCAUCACAUGCGGCCGGCGGUGGCUUGUGGGAUUCUUUUGGUGUAGGCGUCGACAUCACCGUUUUCAUCACAGACUCGGCCAGCUCGAACGUUUCCACGAUGGAGGUGUUCCAGAAGGACGAGUCUGUGAAACACAUCUUUUGGAUCCCUUGUGUGGUGCACGUAAUGGACCUCAUCCUUGAGUACAUUGGCAACAUUGAGUGGGUGGCGACUCGCAUUGCUCAGGCGCGGGUGGUCACAAAGUUUUUCAAGCGCCAUAGGCAUGCCUGCGAGGUUUUGGAAGCGUUCACGACAGUGACACUUUUGCUUCCCGCCGAGACGCACUUCGGCACGCAUGUCAUUAUGAUGCGGCGACUUCUUCGCCUGCAAGUGCAUCUUAUGCGGGUGGUCAUUGAUGAUCGAUGGAAGAACACUGUUGUAUCAACGAAGAAGAUUCGAGAUGAUGCCGUGGAAGUCACAGCAUGUGUCAGUUUUCCUGUGUGGUGGGAGGAUAUGAAGGCGGUGUGCGAGUUGUUGGAUCCCAUCAUGGACAUGUUGCAGAUGGUGGACAGUGACACGAGGCAAAUCGGUAAGAUUUUGCACCGGUACGACGCGAUGAUCUUACGUUGUUUGUCCGCAUGUGCUGCUUUUGACAAGGAGGAGCAGGAUGCAGUGCUUGAGGUUUUCGACAUACGCCGAACCAUGUUCAAGUCGCCGACUCAUGUGGCUGCCAUGAUGUUGGAUCCAGAGUUCCGAGAUCGUACACUGGCGGACGACGAGGAGAUGCAGCCGGGUUUGAUCGCUGCUGUGGUUCAGUUUGGAUACCCACAGAGCUCGGACCAGCACAAAGAGGUCCUCACUGCCAUCGACAAGUUUCAUGUCAGGGAGCUACCAUUCGACGACGUGGCAAUGAAUCGAGCUGCACGGAGCUAUGACCAUUCAGCCACUUUCUGGGAGUCGAAGGAGAAGAGGUUCCCGCAUACAGCCUUCUUCGCCAGCAGGAUACUAUGCAUGCCUGCAUCAGACGACGACAACGAUCUUGGAGACCCCCACCCGGACGGAGACGACGACGACGGCGCUGAAGACGAUGAUCAUGAUGAUGGUGGAGAUCGGCCACGGACCCACGCGGCACGUGCAGAUGGUGACCGAGGACCUGACGAGGCGGCUGACGGAGAUGAUCGUGAUGAGGGUGACGCUGGGGGCGACGAUCAUGGUGACGGUGACGGCCGGGGAGGGGAAGGCGCACUGGGCUCCACACGUGAAGCUACAUGCAGAGGGAUCACUGCCAUGGACGUCGACCACGGCGCACGGAACGAUGAUGAUGGAGAUGGAUCGGCCGCCGAAAGUCCAGAACUUUUUCAGGGCGGUGCCCUUCAGCGCUUGAGACGUGCACCGAGGGAACAAGACACUAUCGGUUCACGUAUUCCAGUUCUUGAGGACUCUUUCAGCGACAACGCCCGCGAGGAGCGGAUCGAGCAGGAUGAUGGGAGCGGUUGUGCACGAUAUCAUACGGACGGUAUGCACGCGACAGCGCCGACAGGGUCCUCUACAGUAAUCCCGGAACCGCCACAGUGCAACGGACCAUUGAUGCCUCAUCCUGAGAUCGAGGGACAUGACGGUGAUGAUGCGGUAAUGCAGGACGAGGGCAGUGCUGUGGCACUGCAUCCACUCACAUCAGAUGGCGGACCUGAGGCAGCUGCAAUUACUUUGGACACGAGACGACCACCGGCAGCGACGGAGCAAGAGAGUAUGCUCCCACCUCGCAACAUUCAUGCAGUUCAGUCUGACGUCACCACAUUGGGGGUAGCUAUGCAGCACUCAAAGACACAGGGUGCUGUCGCAGAUGACACCGCAUCCCGGCCACCGCCUGCAUUGCUGGAGGAGAGUCAGGAGACUGUAGUUGCGCAUUCAGGCGUCGACAUUCUGGCAGGGGAGGUCUCACACACUCCCGCACCUGAGUAGAGCGCUGCAGGCCAUAUCGACAAGUGGUUAUCACAUAGAUGAAUAUUCACAGAUGAACAUUCUGAAAGUGGGAAAAAUUUAAUGG